UUGAAUACUCCCUUCAGCUCACGAAGACCAGCAGCCAACCGAGAGGGAAAUUAGACCAACGGCAUGAAGCUCGUGGGCAAGAAGGAGCAAGCCUAUGCGUCGCUGGACAUGGAUUCGCCACACGCAGCUCCUGUGCGCCGCAGCAACUCCAACAACUCCAGUGUGCAGCUGUCCCCCUCGAGUGUCUCGACGAUAUCCAUCAGCUCCGAGCACAGCAACGUCUUCAACCGCGGCGACGAUGACAGCAAUCGACCUUAUUACAAUAAUGUAGCAAACGAUAUCCUCGCGGCUUUAGAUGGACCAGUGCGACAACUGGCGUUCGAGACGAAAGGCGCUUUACUAGCGACGGGAUUGGCAGCCAUGUUUUACUUGCUCGCUUGGUUCCAGGCGGUGCUGAUUCCUUUUUUUCUUGCCAUUUUUCUAAUGUACCUUGUGGACCCACUCGUGGAAGUGAUCGAUGUGUCGCCCAGAUAUUUCCUCUGUAUAUGCACAUCGCACGGACGUCACGCUCGACGGACGUCUCGAGGUUGCUCGCGUGCGUUUGCGUCGCUGGUGGCAGUCAGCUUGGUGUGUGUUUUCUUCGGACUCCUGGGCUACAUCACUGUGCUUUCGGUCCACGCGCUGGAUGCUAGCGCUUAUCAGACUGGCUACAACAAUCUGGUUUCAGGUGUGGAGCACAUUCUCGACCAGAUUGGACUUCCAGUGAACAUCACGACGACGCUGCAUGACAAUGUCGACAAGGUAGCACGCAUCGUUGUCACAGAGACGAUGGAUCUGCUGUCCGUAAUGUUCGUGACACUUAUCUAUCUCACUUAUUUUCUCUGCACACGCACUCGUGCAAGUGAUGCCGGCGGUGUCUGGUCCAAGAUCGACCACGAUAUUCAGCGCUUUGUGACGUUGAAGUGCUUCCUCUCACUGUUCGUGGCUCUGCUGGUGACGAUCGUGUACGUCUCGCUCAACGUUGGCCUGGCGAUUGUAUGGGGCAUCCUGACGUUCAUCUUGAAUUGGAUCCCUAACGUUGGAGCUAUGAUCGCUUCGGUUGCGCCAAUCUGCAUCAUCGCUAUCACCCCGUCCGACUUGAUGAACCCCAUGGAGAAAUUCCUGGCCAUGUUUCUUCCAAUGUGCUUCCACAUGUUCGCUGGCAACUUCGUGGAGCCCAAGGUUUUUGGUCGAAAACUUGAGAUCGACCCGGUGAUCGUGAUCCUGUCACUUUCGGCGUGGGGUCUUUUGUGGGGCGUAGUGGGCAUGAUGCUGUCUGUCCCGCUCACCGCCGCAGCUAAAAUUAUGUUGAGUCAUCUCAAAUUAUGGCCCGAGUUUGUGGCUCUAGUGGAAGGAACAUACUUCACACGGUUCGGUAUUAAGGCUGGCAGAUAUAAGAAGGAGGAGGACGACCAAAAAGAUUUUGAAACGAUGGAAGUGAGGACAGAAAGCGAGAAGGACCGAGCAAAUGCCAGCCACAUGCGGGCAUAA